GUGUGGUCACCAAGAUGAAGAUGCAGCGCACCAUUGUCAUCCGCCGGGACUACCUGCACUACAUCCGCAAGUACAACCGCUUCGAGAAGCGCCACAAGAACAUGUCUGUGCACCUCUCCCCCUGCUUCAGGGAUGUGCAGAUCGGGGAUAUUGUCACCGUGGGAGAGUGUCGUCCCCUCAGCAAGACUGUCCGCUUCAACGUCCUCAAAGUCACCAAGGCUGCUGGUACCAAGAAGCAGUUCCAGAAGUUCUGAAAACGGCGCAGGACAAAUAAAACUUUU